GUACCACGUACACAGACUUCUCGGCCGGAAUCUCCAGGGAUGACCAGCCCCUCCCCGCGCAUCCAGAUAAUCUCCACCGACUCUGCGGUAGCCUCGCCACAGCGCAUUCAGAUUGUGACAGACCAGCAGACAGGACAGAAGAUCCAGAUAGUCACCGCAGUGGACGCCUCCGGAUCCUCCAAACAGCAGUUCAUCCUGACCAGCCCAGAUGGAGCUGGAACUGGGAAGGUGAUCCUGGCUUCCCCAGAGACAUCCAGUGCCAAGCAGCUCAUAUUCACCACCUCAGACAACCUUGUCCCUGGUAGAAUCCAGAUCGUCACGGAUUCUGCUUCUGUGGAGCGUUUGCUGGGGAAGGCAGACGUCCAGCGGCCCCAGGUGGUGGAGUACUGUGUGGUCUGUGGUGACAAAGCCUCUGGCCGUCACUAUGGAGCUGUCAGUUGUGAAGGUUGCAAAGGUUUUUUUAAAAGGAGUGUAAGGAAGAAUCUGACCUACAGCUGCCGAAGCAACCAGGAUUGCAUCAUUAACAAGCAUCACCGCAACCGCUGCCAGUUCUGCCGGCUAAAGAAGUGCCUGGAGAUGGGCAUGAAGAUGGAAUCUGUACAAAGUGAACGGAAGCCCUUUGAUGUACAACGGGAGAAACCAAGCAAUUGUGCUGCUUCGACUGAAAAAAUCUACAUCCGGAAGGACCUGAGAAGUCCUCUGAUAGCCACUCCCACAUUUGUGGCAGACAAGGAUGGAACAAGACAAACAGGUCUUCUUGAUCCAGGGAUGCUUGUGAACAUCCAGCAGCCUUUGAUACGUGAGGAUGGUACAGUUCUCCUGGCCACGGAUUCCAAGGCUGAAACAAGCCAGGGAGCUCUGGGCACACUGGCAAAUGUAGUGACUUCCCUUGCCAACCUAAGUGAAUCCUUGAACAAUGGUGACACUUCAGAAAUCCAGCCAGAGGACCAGUCUGCAAGUGAGAUUACUCGGGCAUUUGACACCUUAGCUAAGGCACUUAAUACCACAGACAGCGCCUCACCUCCAAGCCUAGCAGAUGGGAUAGAUGCCAGUGGAGGAGGGAGCAUCCAUGUCAUCAGCAGAGACCAGUCAACACCCAUCAUUGAAGUUGAAGGCCCCCUCCUUUCAGACACACAUGUCACAUUUAAGCUGACGAUGCCCAGCCCAAUGCCAGAGUACCUCAAUGUCCAUUACAUCUGUGAGUCUGCAUCCCGCCUGCUUUUCCUCUCCAUGCACUGGGCAAGGUCAAUCCCAGCCUUCCAGGCACUUGGGAAUGACCAUCAAUCACAUCCUUGUUACAUGGUAGGGAGUGCUGGGGCUCACAUGCUCGGAGUCCGACUCAUACACUGCACUCGGCCUCAUCCUUGUGUCCCCAGACAGGACUGCAAUACCAGCCUGGUACGGGCCUGCUGGAACGAGCUUUUCACCCUUGGCCUGGCCCAAUGUGCCCAGGUCAUGAGUCUCUCUACCAUCCUGGCAGCCAUUGUCAACCACCUGCAGAACAGCAUCCAGGAAGAUAAACUUUCUGGUGACCGGAUAAAGCAAGUCAUGGAGCACAUCUGGAAACUGCAGGAGUUCUGUAACAGCAUGGCAAAACUGGAUAUAGAUGGCUAUGAGUACGCAUACCUUAAAGCUAUAGUUCUCUUUAGCCCCGAUCAUCCAGGUUUGGCAGGCACAAGCCAGAUUGAGAAAUUCCAGGAGAAGGCACAGAUGGAACUACAGGACUAUGUGCAGAAAACCUACUCGGAAGACACCUACCGAUUGGCCCGGAUUCUCGUCCGCCUGCCAGCACUCAGGCUCAUGAGUUCCAACAUAACAGAAGAACUUUUUUUUACUGGUCUCAUUGGCAAUGUUUCGAUAGACAGUAUAAUUCCCUACAUCCUCAAGAUGGAGACCGCAGAGUAUAACGGCCAGAUCACUGGAGCCAGUCUGUAGUGCACAGUGGGCAGCUGAGGACAGGAAGAAGCCUCCUAGGACUGUGCAGAUGCAGGGGAAGGAGAAGUAGUGGUGUCUUGGUAUGUGCAAAUAUUUCCAGUGUAGUAACCACUUCCUACCUGGGUUCUUCUUACCUGUUCAUCCAAACAAUACCAACUAAAAGACUAGUAGGAUCCUUUCCCUCCAUAAGAAAUGUUUUAAUGCCUUUUGAUGAUGCAGAUUUUGGAACAAUCUUUUAAUUCAAUUUGUAUUUAGAAAUUCUCAAAGGGCAAAAAAAAAAAAAAAGGUUUUAUAACGUCAGAGACUAGUAUUAAAACUAAAAGACCCUAAGAAUAGUAUGUGUAAAUACAUUAUUUAAAAAAAAAAACAACAACAACAACAAAAAAAAAAA